AUGAGAGAAAGACGACAACGAAGAAGAGAAGGAACUCUGAGAUCAUCGGCCAUACGUGUUAAUUCAGAUCACCUUCCAGAGCGAGUGAGGCGAAAAUUACAGGACCAGUUGGAAGAUACGGAGCUACAGACCGUAGGAAAAGAAGUUGUGUCUCCUGAGCCUGCAGCACCACAAGACUUUAAAGCCGGUGGCUCAAAAUCAUCACAAAAAUAUCCGGAGUCAUCUUCAAAGCUCAGAGGUGACAUGCCACGACGUUCACGGAAAGAAAAGGCAAAAGAAGUCGUAGAAGACCUUCAACCAUCCGCACCCUCGCCGCCACUCGGCUCGAGGCGCAAAGCCGAGCCCAUUCUCCCAUCCAUAAAGCCCGAACUCCCCUCCAGCCAUGUCAAACUUCAUUUCAGCAAGCUAGAAGACUUCCAUUGGUACUGGGAGUCAUUCCCACCGACCAUUGCGCAAAAGACACAGGCAAACCACUUCUUCACAAACAACAGCAAAAACGCAAAGUUACUUCGAAGCGUAGCGCAAUUCCGCCUGUUCCCAGAGUCAGAUGUACCCGAGGUAGCCUUUGUGGGCCGUUCCAAUGUUGGUAAAAGCUCAUUGCUCAAUGCCGUUGUGAACGCAGAUAUAAAGGCGCUGUUAGCGCGUACAUCAUCGACUCCAGGUUUCACUAAGACAAUGAACCUCUACGGUCUGGGCGCCGGAAACGGCGUAACUAUCAAAAAGCAGCCCAAUGGACGUGACAAAAUUGUCGGCAUCGGUGGUCUGACUAUCGUCGACAUGCCCGGGUACGGCGAGGGUUCACUUUCCUCCUGGGGCGUGGAAAUCAUGAAGUACAUAAGCAAUCGCAAGCAACUUCGGCGCGUUUUCGUCUUACUCGACGCCGAACACGGUAUCAAAGACAAAGACCGCUCACUGCUGGCUUCCCUACGUCUGGCCGGUGUGAGCCAUCAAGUCAUCUUUUCUAAACUAGACAAGCUCUAUAUUCCCAAUGCCAAAGAUAUCAAGCGCUUUGAUGGCAAGUCCGCCCGUCGCCUGGCCCCAAAAGGCACGCCCGAGGAUCUUAGAAGAGCUAUGGAGGAGCUGAAGAAUGAGAUUCAGCCCCCGGUUGGAGGAGGUGCAUUGGGCGAGAUUCUGGGCGUGAGUGCGGAGACACUGGUUGAUGGUAAGAGACUGGGUAUUGAUCAUGUGAGGUUCGCAAUUUUGAAGGCGGCGGGUUUGGAUGCGAAGUUUAAGAAGGACGUCAGCACGCCUUGGGCCAAAGAUAGCUAA